GACUAAGAUUAUUUGGAGCGAGCGAGAGACAUGAAAUAUCGCAAUUCGCAAGAAGCGUUAACUGCGAGCGAGCGACAUCAAUUAAUAUACAUAUACAUAUACAUAUACAUUCCUUUCCUUUCCCUGCGAAACAGAAGAAGAAGAAGAAGAAAUUGGAAAAAUGCAUUUCGCAAAUCUCGAUGACACUCCCAUGUUCCGCCAACAGCUCCAGUGCUUGGAGGAAAGUGCAGAAUCAUUGCGCACCAGAUGCACCAAGCUUUACAAAGGAUGUCGAAAGUAUACGGAAGGGCUUGGAGACUCAUAUCAUGGGGACAUUGCAUUUGCAACUACCCUUGAAAAUUUUGGAGGAGGGUAUGCCGAUCCUCAUUUUGUUGCUUUGGGAGGACCUGUUAUGACCAACUUCACUAUUGCUCUCAGAGAAAUCGCUACAUACAAACAACUUCUUCGCUCACAGGUAGAGCACAUGCUCGAUGAACGGUUACAACACAUCGUUAAUGUUGACAUCAAUGAAGUCAAGGAAGCUCGUAAGUGUUUUGACAAAGCUUCACUUGUAUACGACCAGGCACGGGAUAAGUUUAUGUCACUGAGAAAAAGCACUAAGAUUGAUAUCGCCUCUGUCAUAGAAGAGGAAUUGCAAAAUGCAAGAACGUCAUUUGAGGAGGCCCGUUUCAAUCUGGUUGGUGCUCUCAAUAACAUUGAGGUCAAGAAGAGAUUUGAGUUUUUAGAGGUUGUUGCUGGAAUUAUGGAUGCUCAUCUUCGAUACUUUCAACAGGGAUAUCAUCUAUUAACUCAGAUGGGACCUUUCAUUAACGAGGUAUUGGAUUUUGUACACCAGUCAAGAGAAAGAUACGAUACAGAGCAGAUUUCACUUUAUAAAAGAAUGGAAGACUACAAAAGACAAGUUUAUCAAGAAAGUAGAUUGUCCUUGAAUGGCCCUUAUGGUGGUUCUCCUAGUGGAGACUCUCGGCAUCCUUUUUCUAAAACAUCAAAUGAAGUGGCAGAUGUUGUAAUGGAAUCAGCUGCAAAUGGAAAGGUUCAAAUCAUUCGACAAGGAUAUCUUUCAAAACGAUCCUCCAAUUUGAGAGCUGACUGGAAAAGAAGGUAUUUUGUCCUUGAUAGUCGAGGAAUGCUGUACUAUUACCGCAAACCAUGGCACGUGUCAUAUGGCAGCAAUCAACUAUCUCCAAGGAGGAACAGUGCCUCUGAAAAUGGUUCUGGGCUACUGAGUCGAUGGCUUUCUUCUCAUUACCAUGGGGGUGUCCAUGAUGAAAGUUCUGUAGCACGUCAUACAGUAAAUUUGCUGACAUCAACAAUCAAGGUUGAUGCUGAUCAGUCAGAUUUAAGAUUCUGCUUCAGGAUUAUUUCGCCAUCGAAAAACUAUACAUUGCAGGCAGAAAAUGCGGUGGACCAGAUGGAUUGGAUGGAAAAGAUAAAUGGAGUGAUUGCCUCCUUGUUGAGUGUCCAGACACUGGGAACGCCUCUUUCAGCUGACUCAGAAAACGAUGACUCUUACUCUGCUGACGAGAGUGAUAUGUUAAAAGAUUCUCCAUCUGGGACUGAGAAACUUACAUCCAAGAAUUUCACCCCACAUAACCACUUACGUCCGUCUAAAAGUUUGCACGUGCGUAAACACAGUCUAAGAAGUGAAAAGCCAAUUGAUAUUCUUAGAAAGGUGAGCGGGAAUGACAAAUGUGCUGAUUGUGGUAAACCUGAACCAGACUGGGCAUCCUUAAACCUUGGCAUCCUUAUAUGCAUUGAAUGUUCUGGUAUUCAUCGUAAUCUUGGUGUACAUAUAUCAAAAGUAAGAUCACUGACACUUGAUGUGAAAGUCUGGGAUGCUUCUGUCUUAAGUAUGUUUAAGUCACUCGGCAACGUUUUUGCAAACUCAGUUUGGGAGGAGCUGUUACAUUCAAGGAGUAGUUUGCAAACUGUGGACACUGCUGUUGGUUCAUCCAAGGCCAACAGAGUCAAGCUAUUUGAUGCAAGAAAACCAAAACACGAUGAUUCUAUUUCGUUGAAGGAGAGGUUCAUUCACGCAAAGUACUCUGAGAAAAUAUUUGUUUGCCGGACAAAGAAAGACGGCUCUGUCCUUUCACUGGCACAACAGGUGUUAGAAAGCAUCUGUGCCAAUGAUAUGAAAGCAGUGUACCAGCAUAUUGUCAAGUCGUGUGCGGAUGUCAAAGCAUUAUCAGGCAACUCUUCCAACGUGGCUUCUUCAGGUAAUUUAAAUAUUUCAUCUCAAAGUGAAAAGCAGCUGAUUGAGGACAUGCAAGAUGCUUCUAGUGUGCUUCACAUGGCAUGCCUAAAUAGUGACGUUGGCAUGGUGGAGCUGCUCCUCCAGCACGGGGCAGACAUUAAUGCUUGUGAUUCAAGAGGUCGGACACCACUACAUUACUGCAUUAUCAGAGGGAAUACAAAAGCUGCAAAAGCGCUUAUUAUAAGGGGGGCUAAUUCACGUGUCGCGGAUAAAGAAGGCAACACUCCUCUUAAGCUUGCAUCAGAAUCUGGCUCUGUUGGCAAAGAAGUCCUCGCUCUCUUGGCCAGCAGAUGACACUUUCUAUAAGCACCUAAGCUCUGAUUAAAUACAUUUCUCAGGGUGAAAACCAGUGGUAAGUGUCUUCUCGAUAAAAUUGAGGACCUCCUAGCCAAGUAGCCACGCAUGGAGAGAAGCAAGUACCCGUUUGGAACCAAAGAGCACUUAUUGGAGCUUAUUUAGUGCAUUUUCUAGUAGAUAAUAUAAGUUCCAAUAAACUAAAGUAAACCCGUAUCCAAACGGGCUACAAGUAGCGCAAGGGGGGUUGAAGCUCGUGGGUUGGUUUUUGGGAUCAUGUUUUUCAAUUUUACAGCCUCAAUCCUCUUAAAAAUUUUGGGACUGGAAUCAAAGCCUUGAUUAAAUAUAUAAGUUGCAGGUGUCUUAUUAUUCAACAA